AGUUAGAAUUUUAAAAUUAUUUUAAACAUUAAUUAUGCCCGAAAGUAUUUGAUCUUUAGAAGUAAUGUCUAUCAACGAAUUUCCACUGCCUAGGAGCGUUUCUAAUUACAAUAAUCUCCGAUCUAGAUUGUCAGAAGACAGAACUUCGUCUGAGUGUGAUGAUGAGCUGAGUGUAUUGACUGCUGAUUACGCGGAUGAGCACUCGACCUCGACAUUGGCAGCUGAGCGGAUAGACGCCGAAACCUCAGAGCGACUUCGCUUGGAACGUCAACUCGAAGAUGUUACUGAGACAAAUAAAACGCUCCAGCAAACUACUGAUAGAUUGGAAAUGGAGCUUCUCUAUGCGAGGGCUGCUGAUUUAAAUCAAAUUACUCUCGGUGGAGAGGACAAUAAUCAAGAGGAUAGCGGUAUUUAUAAACAGAGAUACGAACACGCUAUCCGUGAGUUGAAAUUUACCAAAAGAAAAAUGGCUCAACAGCAUGAGGAUGAUUUGGAGCAACUUGUCGAUCUCAAAAAACAGUUGGAGAAAAAGCUUGCUGAUGCUUACGAGGAAGUCGAGAAGCAACCGCAGGUAGUCAGUCAGUGGAAACGAAGAGUCCAAAAACUUAAUGGCGAGAUUCAUGACUUACGGCUGCUUCUUGAAGAACAGAUUGCCCGUAAUAAUUUAUUGGAGAAGAAACAGCGGAAAUUUUAAUUGUUGACUCAAAUGGGGCCUAAAGCAAAAGUCAGUGUAGAAGAGGCAGUAAAUGCUUUAAAAAAAUAUAUUAAAUACUUCAUUCCCCCGGAAAAACCGAAAUGGUCUGCUGAUAUUUGGAAAACACUUGCGAAAGAAUUAGACUUCAAAUGGGAUCAUAACGCUGUACGUACUCAUGUCAAUAACAAUCGACGAAAUAUAUUGACAGUAGCUCUACAAGAAUGUGGGUAUUUUACCGAAGAAGUAAAAGUUGAAUCGAAUAUUGAUAAUGGUGAAAAUGAAAAUAUUGAUUAUAGUGAUGGUAGUAAUAGUGAGGAUGAAGACAAUAUUAAUGAUCCCGAUUACUGCGCCCAUUCAGCAUAUUUCAAUGACUUAGAUGAAAUUGAUGAAUUUGAUGUUGAAAUUUGUAGAGACCUGUGGAACACUAUCGUAGAACCAAGCAUCGAUAAAAAUGACCAUCAAAUCAUGAAAUUAAAAAAAAAAAGUUUGGACUGAUGCUAUUGCUUUUGCAUUUUGGGAACAAUAUCGCUUAAAAUGUGUCUUUAUAUUCGAUAAAGGGAGAAUAUGCUUAAACGGUAAUAAUUAUAUUACUAUUCAUGCCCACCGUAAGAGCAAAAAAUGCAAUAACCGUUUACUUGGUUAUGUCGAAGACAUUCCUUACGAUGACGGUCCUGUAUUUAUAAAAAUAAAAUGUCGUGAUACUCGAGACGUCGUGCAUCAUGAAGAUUUACAGAGGCCUCUUCAGAGUGAAACCAGGAAAGCAAUAGGUAAAAAAUUGAAAGAUCUUGGUGUUCAUGGUCACACUAGACAAGCAGCAAGAAAACUAUUAAGACCUGGUGAUACCGGAUGUCCUUUUUUAUAUAAAUCGAGCGUAUUACAUCAAGCAAAAAAGGAGUUUAUUGAUAAUGAACUAGGUGUGAAACCUCUUGAUCGGAAGGAUAUUUUUGGCGCAAUCGAUCGUCUUCAAGAAAAUCCCAUCUACAGAAAUUCAAUUCAAUCAGUAGGGAAAUCACCAUUUUAUAUUUUUUACUCUACUCAAUCUCAAAUACACUGUUAUAAAGAGUAUAGACGUCUACAUAAAAAAUGUUCUUCUAUUGCCAUCGAUGCGACGGGCGGACUAGCAAGAAAAAUAGUUACUGGUCAUGACAAAAGUGCAUAUAUAUUCCUUUAUCAAAUUGUUAUAAAUUUUAACAAAAAUUCAUUGUCUAUAUUCCAAAUGUUGUCUGAAAAGCAAGAUGCUGAUUAUAUUACAUUGUGGUUACAAACAUGGCUUCGGUUGGUUAAAACCCCGCCACAUGAAGCUGUCUCAGAUGGAGCUCGUGCUUUAUUAAAUGCCAUGUCGAGAACUUUUAACGAUAUGUCGUUAAAAAAUUAUA